AUGUCUCGAAAAACAUUAGACAAACCCAGGAGUGACAAAGCAGACUCAGGAUAUAAGGGAGGUCAAGAGAGAUACCAAGAGAGACUCGACAGAUACGGCAAUCCUUUUGGAAAUCGAGUCUCUACUAAGCAGACAAGAGUCCCACCACCCCCACCAACCGAGACAAGACCAGGAAAAUCUGAUAACGUAACCUGGAGGAAAAUUUCGGCUGAACAAGAAACAAAUGAGACAGGUUACAAAUCUCCAUCGUUUACCAGAACAAGAGAAACAAGAGACGCGAGAAAUGGAAUAAAUCGACCGCUAUUCCCUCAAAGGGAGACUAGGGAAUGGAGAGUUAAAAAUCCACACCAGUCGCAGAACGAUCUUUCUCAGCAGAACCCAACGCGGUAUCAAACCGAAGAUGAAAUAAGAAAGGACUUGGAUGAAGCAACGCUACGGUAUGUAAACCACCCAGAUCCUACCGAAGCAGCGGCUAGGAGACAAAGGGUCCUGGCUACUGAUACCAACGGUCAAACAGAGGAAACUGCGUCAUACAUCAUGAGAGCCAACGGUAUCGCACCUGAUAAAGAGAAGUCCAAUUAUCAGAGCCCUCAACUAGACAAUUCGAGUACAAGGGAUAAAAUUUUCCAGGAAGUACAGAAUGCUACACUCUAA